GUCAACCGCCGAGACAUCGUCAACGCGUUCACCCAUGAUCAAGACCUAAAUAUGAAACUGAAAGAUGCCUUCGUCAGCAACAAACUCUUCUACUCCAGAAACUACGGCCUGUUCAACAUCUGCUUUGGCGACACCCUUCCAAAUGGUAUCGGCAGCUACAACAAACUCGGCGUCAACUGCAUCACCUACAAUGACUACUUCCCCCAGGACUCCGAGUCGAUGCACUUCACGCAGCUCCAAAAUAUCCGUCUGUGGCUGAUGCGCGGCUUGGUGGUCUCCUUCGCCGUCGGGCUUCUGCUCCUCUUCAUCUCGUUCGCUAUCGGCGUGACGGCAUGCUGGGGCCGUAGCCAGCGAUACGUCACAACCACCGCUGUGGUUAUGCUAUUCUCCAUGCUUUUCUUCUUCAUCGGACUUGGUAUCUGGCAUUACGUCGAUUUCAUGGAACGCAAUCAUUUGAUAUGGCUCCGUUCUACAAGGCUUGGGAACCGAUCC